AUGCGUCUUCAAGUACUUUCCUUGGAGUACUCUCUCUGUUUGCCUCAGGCUUUGUUUGAUGAUAGAAAGUGCUCAUUCUUUGGAGGAAGAAAUAUUGAUUUGGUUCCUAUUAUGCAUAUCUAUGGAACAAUACAGGAAACAAAACAAAAAGCUUGUUUGCACAUUCAUCAAUUGUAUCCGUAUUUUAUGUUGUCAUUUCCAUACGAAUUGUUCCUCGAGGAAGGUGAAACGAUGAAAAAUUCAAAGAGUACUGAUCAUUUACUAAACUUGAAUAUGAAAAAGGUUUACGAUUUCAUUCAUGUUUUAGGAAAUACUAUUGAACAAACCUUUCAUAGAUCACUCUAUGGAACACCACUUCCGAACAACAUGCAACAAAAUUUCAAACAAGAUCAAUCUGUUUUCAAAAACCAAAGACAAUUUAUUCAUGAUAUUGUUGUUGUGACAGGUACACCAUUCUACGGAUACUGGUUUAAUCCUCAAUUAUUCUUAAAAGUCUAUGUGUACAAUCCUAGUCACGUUGGUAAAAUGGCAGCCAUGUUCGGAAAUAGUAGUGUGAUGGGUCAUAAAUUUUCUGUGUAUGAGGCCCACAUUCCUUUUUCUUUACAGUUCAUGAUGGAUUACAACGUGUAUGGAAUGGGAGACUUGCAUGUUGAAAAACUGUUUUUCAGGUUACCGUUUCACACGGCUGAGAAUUGCGAAAGUACUGACAAGAUAUGCAGCCAAAACGCUACAAAUUAUGGAACAAUUUUACCAGAGAAUGUCAAGAGGCUAUCUAAAUGUGAGAUUGAAAUGGACAUUUUCUCCAGGGAUAUUUUGAAUAGACAAGAGAUUAUUAAUGUUCAACUUUCUCUUGAAAAAGAAAAAGACAAUCAGUUUGGAAAAGACAGAAAGCUUCUUCAAUCUCUGAACAUUAUUUGGGAAGAAGAGAGAAAGAGGAGACGAUCCAUCAAUAUGGAAAUUUCACAGCCACCGAUCCCUUUUUCACCAUUUGAGAGAGAGCCAACAGUGAAAAACGAGCUUGAAAAUAUCAUGUACGAUAAUUUGGUAGAUAUUAUAUCAAAGGUCCAAAAAAACGAAGAAGAAGAUGAGAUCAUAUUUGCCAGCCAAGUACCAAACGGAUUGCGAGAUGACACACCCACGAUUAAGCAAUCUCAAGAAGCUCUGAAUAACUUGUUAUCCAAGUACCCAAGUGCUUUCCUCACGUAUGAAGAAAUUAAAGAACGAGGAAGUUCUUAUGAGGCAAGUCACAACCAGAAUGGCAGCAGUUACAACAUUCAAUUAACCCAAAGCGAUGAAGCGCUCGAAAGCAUCUUAAAUUGGAUGCGAGAAAAAGAUUUUGAGCUGAAGGAGGAUGAAUAUAACAACCUGGGGUUUGAGGAUCAAAAUGACGAAGAUGAAGAGAUGGAAGAUAUCACAGAAAACGAGGAGCAGGAGAUUAUAAACUCCAUGAAGGAGGUCAUUGACAUGGAUGAGUCAAUUCAUGUUCUUGAGGUCGAUGACGACCAUUUAUCUGAUGCUGAAGAAACCUAUUCAUCUGACAGCAGCGACGGUGACAUGUACGAACUUAUACCUCAAUAUGAUGGCUAUUCUGACAAGACUACAAGAAAAAAAGACAAGAAUACCAAAUUCACCAUUGAAGAUGUAUCCAUAGGAGAGUUUGUUUAUUUGAGAGCUCCAAAAAAUUGUAAGCCAUAUAUUGCAUGUGUUGUUGACAAAAAUAGCCAAUCUAAAACUGUUACAGUGAGGUGGUUUUAUAGACCUCAAGAAACAAAAGGUGGAAGAAGAGAGUGGAAUGGAGAGAAUGAAGUGUUUUUGAUUUCUCAUUGCGACACUAAUUUAAUUGAUACAGUCAUUGGAAAAUGCAACGUACUUCUUGUGGAUAAGUACUUUAAGGACCUUCCUACCAACAUUGUUGUUGAUAGCUUCUUGAAUGAAGAGAAACUUCCCGAAGAAUUUGUUGAACAACCAAAAGACACAUAUUUUUGUAGAUUUGAAUACUCGGUGAAAAACAAUAGUUUUAGAAAGCUUUCCAACAAGUCAAUGGACAUUUUUACUCAUGAAGGAAACAAGAGCAAUCUACUUCCCAGCAAAAAGAGAAAAGUUUCAUUUCAAGAAGAAUCAGCAUCAACACCAAAGAAGAAUAUUGAAAAUGAGCACGACCAAUUCUUUCUUGAUAACUUUUUUCCAUUCCAGGAAAAAUCAAUACUUUCUACUCACGAAGGGUCUUCAAAUAUUCCUUCUCAGGAAAUUUCUUUUUCUCUAUUUCAACAAGCACUUGAUGUCAGACCUGAACGAUUUCUAUUUGCAGAGGUUUCACAUCAACCUAUGAGUGUUGGUGGUGAAGAUCAAAAUCCUAUUGAACCACCUCAAGAAGGGAAUGAUUUGUUUGGAGAAGCUGCAAUUAUUGCUGAAGAAAGCCGCAACCAACCAUCUUCACCAAUACUAGGAACUAGUUCAGUACAAUUACAACAUGAACACCAAAGCGAACUCAUACCAGAGGAUGAGGUCCAAGUUCGAGACAGUUUAUCACCUCCACUUUUGAUUAUUCCCAACGCACAAUAUGAAAAUACCGAACAAGAUGGUAGAGAUGACAAUAUUGGUACACCACCGUUAAGCGGGACAUCACAUGGUGAAAAUGAUGACCAGGCUUCUUUGUACACGCUGAAUUACAAACACUCUCCUCCCUCAUUAGACAUGGUACUAGACGAUCUUCAUGAAUCAGCAAAGGAAUAUCGAGGUAUGGUCAAGAGUCUCGAAAGAAGACCUUUUUUCAGCAAUCAUGCAGAUUAUUUGGAAAGUAAGAGAAGCUCCAUUAUUCGAUUUUCUUCAAUAUUUGGUAAAAAAAGAGUGAAGGGAGAAAUGCCUAUUAGUAAGCACUUGGAUGAACUUGAUGUUUUUGCAUUUCAAAAGCAUUUUACAAAAUUUGAGUUGAAAGCAAGUACCAUUCACUCCAAAACGAUACUAGAAUUUGCACCAAGACCACCAACACUAAAGCAGGUUAUGAAUGAACUUCAUAGAGACCCAAAGAUAUCUUCAAGUGAUGACUCUGAAAGUUUUACAAACAGAAUUCCAUCUCCAGAGUUUGAUGAACCCAUUUUGGAUGUUGCUUCUUCACUCCCUCCUAAGAAUUUGUGUUCACUCAACACCACUCCACCUAACACACCGUCACGGAGACGAAGAAGAGCACCUCAAUCACUUGUAUCGGAGUUAUCUGUAACUAGCCAGCGAAAAAAGGCUGCCUUUAAUUUAGACGCUCACGAAAAAGAUGACUCUUCAAAUAAGAAGGAGCUCGUCUCCAAGCAAAAUAUUAAUGUCAUGUCGAUUGAAUGUCAUGUCAUGACAAGAGCAGAUUUUUUACCAAAUCCAAUUUAUGAUCCAGUUCAAGCCAUUGUAAUUUGCUCUCAAAAUUGUGCAGAUGUUACAAACAGUACAGAGAGUAUCCUAUUGCUCAAUCGAGAUUUAGAGGAUAGUGACAUCAUACAGCACAAGUUAACAUGUAUUCCACUUAAUUUUGACCGAUUCUUUGAAUUCAACACGGAACAAGACCUGUUGAAUGGAUUCAUUGAUUUUAUUUGCAAGGAAGAUCCUGACAUUUUAUUGGGAUAUGAAAUGCAAACUGAAGGUCUUGGAUAUUUAAUCGAGAGGGGAUUCACUGUACUUGGGAAGAACAUUUGUUAUGACUUGUCACGUUCAAUUUUCUAUCAAAGUGAAAACAAAGCCAAUAAUGCCAACAAGGACAAGAGACAGGACAAAAUCUUGAAAAAGGCACAAGAAUACGCAAGAAACAAACAAUCUGGUGUGAUGAUUAAGGGAAGAGUGGUGAUCAAUGUUUGGCGACUUAUGAAUGGAGAAAUGAAACUGGAUAUGUACACGCUAAAUAAUGUUGCCUUUAACAUUCUCGGAAAGCGAAUUCCACAAUAUUCAUACCAAACACUUAGCGACCUAUCAAACAGUUGCCAUCAUCGAAAAGACAGCUUUGAAUAUCGAAUUAUUCUUCAAUACUAUUACACCAAGGCAAGCAUCACACUCGAGUUGUUGAACUAUUUGGACUUUUUGAACAGAACUGGAGAAUUAGCGAAAGUGUUUGGUAUUGAAUUUUUCUCAGUCCUUAACCGAGGCUCUCAAUAUCGAGUAGAAAGUAUGAUGCUUCGACUUGCACGAUUGUAUAAUUAUGUCGCUCUUUCACCCACACGAAAGCAGGUGAUGGAACAAGCAGCAAUCGAGUGUUUACCAUUAGUCAUGGAGCCACAAAGCAAAUUAUAUACGAAUCCAGUCAUUGUUCUAGAUUUUCAAUCUCUUUAUCCAUCCAUUAUUAUUGCAUAUAAUUUAUGUUAUAGUACAUGUUUAGGAAAGAUGGCAUUUGUGGAUCAAAAGAAGAGUAAGCUUGGAACAUUGGAUGGUUAUGAACCAAAUAGUGAAUUGCGAAAAUUGUUAAAAAACAGAAACGAUGGAAAAUCUAUUGAACAAGAUAUUCUGAUAACUCCCAAUCAAUGUCUUUUUGUAAAACCAAGUGUAAGACAAGGAAUUCUUCCACGAAUGUGUACAGAAAUUCUCAACACUCGAGUCAUGGUAAAGCAAGCAAUGAAGGAAACGAGUAAGGAAGAUACUGAAACUCAACGAAUUCUUAAUGCUCGUCAGUUAGGUUUAAAGCUUAUUGCCAAUGUCACCUAUGGCUAUACAUCAGCAAAUUUCUCAGGAAGAAUGCCACUUUCUGAUUUAGCAGAUGCUAUUGUGCAACUUGCAAGACAAACUCUUGAAAAUGCAAUUGAAACUGUCAAUCAACACUUCAAAGGAAAGUGUCGUGUUGCAUAUGGAGAUACCGACUCGCUAUUUGUCGAGUGUAUUGACUGUUCACGAGAAGAAGCAUUCAAACUUGGCAAAGAAAUUGUUCGAAUUGUGACCAACUCGAAUCCAAAACCAAUCACUUUACAAAUGGAACGAAUAUUUCAUCCUAGCUUUUUGGUCAGUAAGAAGAGAUAUGUCGGUCUAGCUUUUGAAAAUCCUUCACAAACCAAAGGUACUCUUUUCUGCAAAGGCAUUGAAGCCGUAAGAAGAGACAAUUGUUUAAUGGUACGAAGUUUAAUGGAAAAGAGUUUAGAAAUUCUAUUUGAAACUCUUGAUUUUUCUCUUGUGAAAUCCUAUCUAUCCAGACAAUUCUAUAGAAUCAUCUCAGAAAAGUGCUCGUUACAAGAUUUUAUUUUUUGGAAAAAGGUCAAACUUGGAUAUUACAAAUCUGAGAAGAAUCUUCCUCCUUCUGCAAGAGUAGCAAUUCGAGAAAUGCAACGUGAUCCAAGAGCAGAGCCAAGAUUUAAUGAACGAGUUCCCUAUGUCGUUGUGUUCAGUCCCUUACAUCCAUCUAAGGCAAAAUUAUCAGAUAUGGUCAUUCAUCCGAAGUAUUAUAUUGCAGAUCGUAUGGGAACUAGUAGUAAUACGUCAUACUGCCAUCAUCAAGUAGUAAUUCAUAACACUCGUCAAAAAUAUCGUCUUCAUUAUAAUUAUUACAUCACACGACAAUUGUUACCCUCUUUGGAUCGAUUAUUUUCGUUAUGUUUUGUGAAUUGUAAUGUUUGGUAUAUGAAUUUACCGAAACGUGAUGUUUAUUUGAUGGCCGAUUGGAGAAAACAAUUAUUUAGAAAAUCCAAAAAUUUUAUUGAGCGAUAUUUCAAGCCCAUUAGUGUGCCUUGUGUGAGUUGUGGAGCGAUCAUUGAUUGCAAGUCAUUGAGCCAUGACGAAGGAACAAAGACUUCGGAAGAGCCAAUGUGCGUCAAGUGCAAGGAAUACCCACUGGUGUUAUUGCUUCGAUUGAGAAGUGUGGAAAAGAAUAAGAAUAUGCUUUCUGAAAUAUGUCGACAUUGCAACCAUGAAUUGGAUAUGACAAAUGGAUUAUUACCAAACUCUAAAUUUCCAUCGAUUGAAGAAAAAUGUAUUUCUUUGGAAUGUCCAAUUUUGUUUUCCAAGGUUCAUACAUUAAGCAAUUAUGCUAGUUUGUUGUUUGUUGAAAAAGUUUGA